AUGGCGUCGUGGUUCGGUGCCGGCACGUCGGCAAUGGACGAACAGGUCGAGAGAGCCACUUCGAGCAGCUUGGAGGACAUUGCCCUCAAUCUGGAAAUCACAGACCUGAUCCGAAGCAAGACCAUCCCGCCCAAGGAGGCAAUGCGCUCGCUCAAGCGAAGGAUCGCCAACAAGAACCCAAACAUCCAACUGGCCGCUCUCAACUUGACCGACACGUGUGUAAAGAACGGUGGAGAGCACUUCAUCCAGGAGAUUGCCUCGCGAGAGUUUAUGGACAACCUCGUCUCGUUCCUCAACACUCCGCUGAACGACGAGGUCAAGACGAGGAUCCUCGAUCUGAUUCAGUCUUGGGCCACCGCUGCUACAGGCCGCUCCUCUCUUGGCUACAUUGACGAGACAUAUCGCUCCUUACAGAGGGAAGGCUUCAGUUUCCCUCCCAAGACCGAGGUCGCUGCAACCAUGUUCGACAGUAGCGCUCCACCCGAGUGGGCCGACUCCGAUGUCUGUAUGCGCUGCCGAGAACGCUUCACCUUUACCAACCGCAAGCACCAUUGCCGAAACUGUGGAAACGUCUUCUGCGGUCAAUGUUCAUCCAAGUCGAUACCCCUGCCUCACCUUGGCAUCCUUCAGCCCGUCCGUGUCGACGACGGCUGUUUCGCCAGACUUACCGAAAAGUCGCGCGCCACUCCAGUACCUUCCUACAUCAACGCCAUGAAGCCUCCGAACUCCGGUCGUAUGCAGGCCCGCGAUCCUCGUGUUGCCGAAGACUCGUUCGACGCCGACUUGAAGCGAGCACUUGAAAUGAGCUUGGAAGAAUCAAAGGGGCAAUCUGGUGCUGGAUACGUGCCGCAAUCACAGAUGGCCACACCCAAGCCAGUUCAGAAGGCACCGACGCCAAAGAAAGAUGAAGAGGAUGAUCCAGAACUGGCAGCCGCAAUUGCUGCAUCUUUGGCAGACAUGGAGGAGCAAAAGAAGAAACACACAGCCAACUUCAAGCAACAACAGCAAAGAUCCAGCACACCCAGUGUUUAUGUACCAAAGACCAAUAACGAGCUUACACCUGUCGAAGCCGAGAACAUCAACCUAUUCGCUACUCUGGUUGAUCGCCUGCAACAUCAGCCUCCAGGCGCCAUCCUACGCGAACCUCAACUCCAAGAGCUAUACGAGAGCAUCGGUUCGCUAAGACCAAAGCUCGCAAGGACAUAUGGAGAGACGAUGAGCAAGCAUGACACACUUCUUGACCUUCACUCUAAACUGGCGACUGUUGUGAGAUACUACGACCGUAUGCUGGAGGAGCGCCUGUCCAGUACAUAUAACCAGUCGCGCUACGGAGCUCCUCGACCUCAGUCUGGCAUGUACCCGUCUUUGUCUGCCGGGGUUGGAGCACCACCCACUGCUCCUAUGGGUGGAGUGGAGAGCUACUAUAACAGUUCAGCACCAAGUAUGGACUCGCACGCCUACAAUCAGAGCCCUUACCCUACGUUCAACCAACACCAAAACUAUGCUCAACAGUCCUACUCUCAGCAAGCCCCUCCCGAAGCUGCCUACCAACAACAAUACUCUCAGUACCCUCCCCAGCAACAAGCCCCGAGUACACCUCAUCUACAACAACAACAAUCGUACUCACAACCACCUCAACAAUACGCUCCUCCUCAACAACAAAAUCCCGUCUCUCCUCCUGAGCAUCAGCAGUCUUACUCUGAGCCAUCCGCCCCUCAACCUGUGAGCCCAGAGUCAUAUUCUCAGCCCGCCCAACAGCAUCAACAGGCCCCACCUCAAUAUCAACAACCUUACCAACAACAAGCCCCACCUCAACCUCAGCAGCAACAGUGGCCUCAAGCACCUUCGACGCACAACGGCUACGGCCAAGAGAGCUUCCCUCAAGCACCGCGGAACGUUCCAGUCCAGCCAAAGGUCGAGGAAAGUCUGAUUGAGCUGUGA